AGGUAGAGAGGAAAUCAAGGCAGGAGGAGGAAGGGGACAUAAAGGGAGGAAGGAAAAGGGGGGCAGGAGGAAAAAGACAAGACAAGGGGACCCAGAUUAAGAGGGAAGAUGGCUGAGCCGGAGCUGAAAUCGCGGAGCAGUCGGGAGAGCGUUGCCAAGGCGGCGAGCCAGGAGAAGAUGGAGGCACCUGAAGCGGACCCAGAGCAAGAUGGCCUGAUCGCAGGACGGCCGGCCUCUCCGUCUACCCCCGCCGUCCCCGCUCCCGCUGCCACGAGCCCUGCCGACGGCUCGCCCAAAAAAGGGGAGAAGAUCGAACUCAAACGCAGCAUCACCCUCUUCAAUGGUGUGGGAAUGAUCAUAGGCACCAUCAUAGGCUCUGGCAUUUUCGUCACCCCGACAGGCGUGGUCAAAGAGACCGGCUCAGCCGGGCUCUCCCUGAUCGUCUGGUCUGCCUGCGGAGUCAUCUCCACCAUGGGCGCCCUGUGCUACGCCGAGCUGGGCACCACCAUCACCAAGUCGGGGGGCGACUACACUUACAUCCUGGAGGUGUACGGCGAGCUGGCGGCCUUCCUGAAGCUGUGGGUGGAGAUGCUCAUCAUCCGGCCGUCGUCGCAGUAUGUGGUGUCGCUGGUGUUCGCCACCUACCUCCUGAAACCUCUGUACCCAAACUGCACCGUGCCAGACAGCGCUGCCAAGCUCAUUGCCUGCCUGUGUCUGACCUCCCUGACGUUUGUAAACUGCAUCAGCGUGAGAGCAGCCACCAAGGUCCAGGACUUGUUCACAGCCUCCAAAUUGCUGGCCCUGAUCAUCAUCAUCCUCUUUGGCUUCAUCCAGAUUUCCACAGGCGACGUACCGUACCUGACACCAGAAAAGACAUUUGAAGGCAGCAAACUGGGAGUGGACAACAUUGUCUUGGCUCUGUACAGUGGUCUCUUUGCUUUCGGAGGCUGGAAUUACCUGAAUUACGUGACGGAGGAGAUGAUCAAUCCAGAGAGGAACCUGCCGCUGUCCAUCAUCAUAUCCAUGCCAAUAGUGACGGUGGUGUAUGUCCUGACCAACCUGGCCUACUUCACCACCAUCUCUCCUCAGGUCAUGGUGGAGUCCGAGGCCGUUGCCGUGAGCUUCGGGGAGUACCAUCUCGGUGUGAUGUCCUGGUUGAUUCCUGUCUUCGUGGGACUGUCCUGCUUUGGGGCCGUCAACGGAUCGCUGUUCACCUCAGCACGGUUGUUCUAUGCCGGAGCUCGAGAAGGUCAGCUCCCCGCUGCUCUGGGAUUGGUCCACACAGACCUCUUCACGCCGGUGCCGUCCCUCAUUUUCACAUGCUUGCUGUCCAUGAUGUACGCCAUCUCUCAGGACAUCUUCUCCGUCAUCAACCUCUUCAGCUUCUUCACCUGGCUGUGUGUCGGGAUGGCCAUUGCCGGCAUGCUGUGGCUGCGUUUUAAAAAGCCCGAGCUCAGAAGGCCCAUUAAGUGUCCUCUCUUCAUCCCCGUGACUUUUGUUUUGGGCUGCGUCUUCAUGAUCAUCGUGUCCUUCUGGGCAGCGCCGUUUGAGUGCCUGGUAGGCAGCAGCAUCAUUCUCACAGGCGUCCCGGCGUACCUACUGGGCUACAAGUGGAAGAAACCCCAUGUGGUCAAGAAGAUGCUGGAAAUCUUCACCAUGUUCUGUCAGAAGAUCUUCAUGUCUGUUCCCGAGGAGAGGGAGCAGCAUGAGGCGGCUGAGUAACGCGGGACAGGCUGGACGACGCCGAGUCAAUCUUUUCCUCUCGACAUGCUUGACGUUACGUUCUUGAUGUUUACAUUCGUUCAUUUGUGAUUUGGCCACAGCAGUUUAUUUGAAACCUUUGUCAAACCAGGCGGCUCACUGUGGAACAAACUGGUUUUUACAAAGGUGGCCUGGCAAUCUCGGUAGAGGAGGGUUUACAUGAACAUACGCUCUUUUCGGCAAAGUAUGAAGGCGUAUGUUCUGAACACUACAAAACAUGUCAAAUUUGAACAAAGUCUGCUCACGAAAUUUAGAUUUUCCACUCCGGUAAUUCUAUUUGACGUGAAUCUCUGUUAUCCUACAACAUGCUUAUAUGUUGCAUGUUAGUUAAUGGAGAGUCAUGUGAUGAACUGCAUACUGCAAACACAGUACCCGAAGCUGCAGAAAUAUAUCUCUAGUGGCCUAAAACAUACGAGUUUAUGUACAAAUGAGUAGCCUAGAGACACCAGAAAAAAGUUUUUUACUUUCUUUACAUUUAAAUAAACUCUAACAACCAACCUAGGCCUAGUUUAUUAUAGUUUACAGUUUUCUAGAAUAUGAGAGCUAAUGACCUCGAGUAAGAGCCAAUCACUGACAGUGUACAGUGUAUAGAAAAGGUCAGGGAUGGAAGAGGAGGUGGUUAACUAGCAUAGCACUGGUAACAUUAUACUCGUAUGCAACUAAUAUUUAUGUUAAUUAACAUCUGAUUUCAAUAUUCAUGUUUUUUUUCUACAUUCACUCAAAAAUGAACCCGCAGCACCAUCUAAAGCACAAACUAAAGAGAGAUAAAGCAGCGUAUGUAAUGAUUCCUGAAGGUGUGCCGCUGUGAAUCAGGUGUUUCCUUCUCAUAUGAUGUGUGAUGAAAUGACAGCGGAUACCAGCACCCGUUUGUGAGGCAAUGUUAUGAGAAAUGUGGCAUUCUGCUUGUAUUUAGUAGACUCAUUGUACUGUUAGUGUUUUGUAUUGCGUGUAUCUAUAAUCUGUGACGGACAUGUCAUUGCUGAUAUUCCAGAUGUUUUAUUUCAUUGUCACAAUAAGACCAGAAUGAAUGUUGCAAAAUUAGUGACAUCAACUUUGCUCGUUUUGUUUUUUUGUGUGUGUUUUUUAAUAAGAAAUGUACCUUUAAAAAUCUUUAUUUUAAACUGAAUAUGUGGGGUUUUCCCAAAGUUACUGCACUGAGGUCCACUCCCACUCCCAAAGUCCGCUCAGUCCCAGAGGAAGAACGUCUGUGAGGAAACUGAAGGGGGGUGGGGGGUGUUGGGAAAGGUUUGUGGAUUUUGCAGAGAACAGAGAGACAGUCAUCUUAAAUAUCAAACACUGGAUAAUGGACUCUCAGCCUCUACUGAUCAUGCUGGCAGAAUCAAAUAGACAUACAUAUAACGCAUAUUGAAGAAAAGACAAAAAAACAAAAACACGAGUGCUGCUGCUCCAACAUAAUAUGGUUAAAGCUUUCUGAAUCUCUCACAGUGGCAGGAAGCAGCGCGAUGGAAAAAUGAUCUCCAACAUGUUUAUUUAUCAGAACAUCUUUAUUUUUUGCGACAGGAAAUGAAACAUGUUCUUUUCUCUUGUGAGAAGCACAAGCGAUCCUAAAACAUCUUGUUGAUGGAAAUUGGACCGUGCAGUCACAACACAUUGGACAGUGAUCAGUCAAAGUUUUAAAAAUACCACCAUGGAAAUGAAUUUACAUGCAAAGAGAGAGAGAGAAGGAUCUUUGAUUAACAACCCAAUGGCGACGUCCCCCUAAACCAUCUAAUGUUUACACCAGAUCUGAAGAAAAAAGAAAUUCUGAAUGUUUGAUGCAAAUUUUUGAACAUAAUGCAACUAAUUUCUGUAGUUGCAAGCACAACAACAAACUCUGUAUGUGCACUAAAUCAGUCUAAAUUGAAAUAGGGGCUCACAAGUCUCAAACACACACAACCCAUCAUUGAUUGUGACUAUUAAGACAAAUGGUCUCUGCAGACUCCAUCAUAUAUUUUGUGUUUUGCACAACAUACUGUAUUACUGUAUUGAUGUACUGUAUUACAUCAAUUCAUACAUAAAUUGAUGAUACCUGAUGGAAUGUUAUGGAGAAAAAAACUCUAAUUUUUAAUCUAAAAAAGCAAAGUACCUCUGUCAGUUAUUGUAACUGUUGUAUGUCAGUGACCAUGGCAGGUACAUGUAACAAUA